AUGUCUUCUCCCACUCCUUUUACUUCGCCUGAUCUCAAAAAAGGCGACCCGCCCCUUUCCUGGAAAGACUUUAAGAGACCAAGGCUCAGGCGAUUCUCACCGCCGAGCAACCUUCAACUGCAAGAAUACCUUGGUGGAGGAGAGGAUGGCUUCGUCUUCAAAACCCAAGCUGAUGAGCAAACUCUCAUGGCCGUGAAAAUCUUUUAUCACAAUCGGCAACCUGAACCCAUCUAUGGCAUCGGGCGUUAUUGGGCCUUUGAGAGAGAGUGCAUCAACUGCGCACUGCUUGACAUGAUCGGUGCUAGCCUGCGACGUGCAAAAACGACAGGAAAUCCAAUACACUUGCGUCCAAAUCCUACAAAGCACAAACACGCUAUCCGCAAUCUAUUUGCCUUCUCCGAUGAAGGGUACGCGAAGAGUCCACCCCCGGAACACUUUGUGCCAUUCGAACCCAGCGUAGAGAUAAACCAUUGCUUUGGCUGGACCGAAUUACCAGGGCGAGACAUCAACGCCGCUCUCAAGCGAGCCUGGGUUCAUCAGGACAUAGACGACGACCAAACAUAUUUCGCCAUCGUCUACUCCUUUGUCCCCAAAGCAAAACUGGAGGCUGAAACGAUCAUUUCGCAACUCGAAUUCUUCCAAAUUACCGGGUUCUACAACGUUACAUUCAACUUCACCAACUGGUUGGGAACAGGCGUACUUGUUGACUUCUGUGAUAUCGUCCACCCAUUUGCUCACGAGCUGGAAUGGAGUGAACAGUGGUAUGCAAAGAACCCGAUUAUGCUUCAUGCUGCAGUUAGAUACCAGGCGCAAGAGGAGAUUUUCUAGACUCUUAAUACUCU